AUGUCUUACUCGGCCGAAUGUUGUCACAGUUGCACUGGGACUGCUCUUGAAGGUAUAGUGCGCUCAUUGGAGAAUGCUGUUCAGAAACUGGAGGAAGCAGCGGAGCCUGCAAACAGUCACUCUCCCCACCGCAGAAGGGCUAAUGCUAAAUCUACAGCAAAGAGUGAUGCCAGAAACUUAAAGCUUCAACUUCAGAAUAAGCUGUCACUUCCACUAUUUACUGGAAAGAAAAUAGAAGGAAAGGAGGGUGCUCCCAUUCGCGUUGCCUUGAUUGAUACAGUUACAGGAGAUGUCAUUACAUCAGGCCCGGAAUCCUCCAUUAAGUUGGACGUAGUCGUGCUUGAAGGUGACUUCAACAAGGAAGAUCAGGACAACUGGGCUCAAGAAGAGUUUGAGAAGUACGUGGCUAAAGAACGUGCAGGAAAGGGGUCGCUUUUGACAGGACAUCUCCUUGUGACGCUCAAGAAAGGUGUUGGGGAGCUGAAUGAUAUGAUAUUUACUGACAAUUCCAGCUGGAAUAGGAGUAAAAGAUUCAGGAUAGGGCUUAAGGUGGCAUCGGGUUAUUGUUGGAACACACGAAUCCGAGAAGCAGUAACAGAUGCCUUCCGUGUCAAAGAACAUAGAGGAGAAUCAUCCCAGAAAAAUUAUCCACCUAAAUCUGAUGAUGAGGUUUGGAGGUUGGAGAAGAUUGCCAAGGAUGGGAAAUGUCACGAAAAACUGAUGAAAGUCGGAAUACAUAAAGUGGAGGACUUUCUACUUCAAUUGUUUACGGACUCCGACAAGUUGAGAGAGAUUCUUGGGAAGAGCAUAACACCAAAGAGCUGGGAUAGACUAGUUCGUCAUGCAAAGACUUGCAAAAUAAGUUGGAAACUUUGUUUGUACUAUGUUGAUAGCAUGAGGAAGCAUGGUGCUCUAUUUGACGCUGAUCGUAAACUGAUCGGCCUAAUCAAAGACAGGGUAUAUGUCGCUACUCAUCAACUUUCUGCCCAAGAGAAGGAACAUGGAGAUACAAUCGUGAAAAAGGCCUUUGAUAACUCGAAUGAUGUUAUGAAGCUCAAUGGUGAUACCUUUUCUCCUUCAAUGCAAAUGAAAAGCUCGAGCUGCAUUUUUGAAGGACAAAUUGAAAAUCUCACCCUUGUUCAACGAAAUUUGGCUUCACAAAUUUUUGCCGCUCCAGGUGGUCCGGAAGCUCCUCCAGCAAAUGUGGGCUUCACUGCUGAAGGACAAUCGCAAAAUACCAAUUUCGGAAAUGCCAAGGAGUUUCCAGCUGAUGAAAGUGUUCUUCUAACUGCACAACGGACUAUCCUUGCUGACCAAAACGCCAAUUUUGGAAAUGCCAUGGAUUUUUUAUUUGAUGACGGUUUUCCCCCCGCUUCACAUCUGCCCAUAUCUGCAGACCAAAAUGCCAUGAUGUUUUUAGCCGAUCAGCCCAUACCUGCAGACAACUUGAAUGUUCUGUUUCCUCCAGGAAAUAAUACUACUGUUGGAUUGCCAAAACAGUCCCAUGAUAUCAAUUUACAAUAUGUGAUCGGUAGCCCAAGGGGCUAUAUCGUAAAUGAGCAUGUUCUGCCCUCUGGAGCAACCUAUGCCUCAUUAUCAAGCUUCAAAUCUAGCAGUAGACUUCCUCCGCUCGAAGGCAUUCAUGGGAUGGCAGAUUUCCGAUCACCCGAUUAUGGUACCGCGAACUGGUUGGCCGGUAUUCAGAACCCACCAGAUGAUGACAUGUUCUUUCAGACCCCGCCAUAUUCUGCUAUCAGAAAUUCUUGGGCACAGUGGAAUAAGAUAUAUGUAGUGCUCAAGUGGUUUUGCCACAUCAGGAAGAGACGUGCCAGAGUUUGCGGUUAG